AUGUCCUACCAGCAGCAGUACCCUCCUCAGGGCCCUCCUCAGGCCUACUAUCCGCAGCAGCAGGGUUACCCUCCUCAGGGCUACCCUCCCCAGGGCGGUUAUGACCCGAACUACCCUCCCCAGGGAUAUCCUCCUCAAAACAACAUGAACUACGCCCAACCCCAGCAGCAGCAGGAGAAGAAGUCUGGUGGUGGUGGUUGUCUCGGAUGGUGUCUGGCCACCCUGUGCUGUUGCUUUGUCUGUGAGGAGGGCUGCGAGUGCUGCGCUGACUGUGUUGAGUGCUGCGAGAUGUGUUAA